AUGUGUGGUGGUGCAAUCCUCGCCGAGCUCAUCCCGAGCACGCCGGCGCGCCGCGGCGGCGGCGGCAAGGGCAAGCAGCGGAAGGCCGACGACUUCGAGGCAGCGUUCCGGGAGGACUCCGAGGAGGACGAGGAGAUGAUGGAGGCGGUGGAGGAGGUGGAGGUGGAGAGCAAGCCCGCCUUCGUCUUCCGCGCCUCGUCGUCCCCGGCGACGCCGACGAAGCCCAGGGCGCGCCAGGAGCAGCCGAGCCGGCGCCGGAAGCCCGCGCAGCAGUACAGGGGCGUCCGGCGCCGCCCGUGGGGCAAGUGGGCCGCCGAGAUCCGCGACCCCGUCAAGGGCGUCCGCGUCUGGCUCGGCACCUUCCCCUCCGCCGAGGCCGCCGCGCUCGCCUACGACCACGCCGCGCGCGACGUCCGCGGACCCAGGGCCAAGCUCAACUUCCCUCCUCCUCCUCCGCCGGGGCUCCAGCUAGCCGCAAGCGCGCCCACGCCGCUGACGCCGCCAUCAUCGACCUCGUCGACCAAGAGGAGGAAGAGCAGCGGCGUGUUCUCGGCGUACGACGAGGCUCCCGCCCUCGACGUCGAGGCCGGCCAGAGCGGCGACAAGAAGCGGCCGAGGACCGAGCCGGAGAGCACCGAAGACGAUGCGUCGCCCCGGGCCUCCUCCGGCUCCGAGCCGGACGCGCUGUUCGACGCGCUCCUCUUCGGCGACCAGUUCGCCUUCUUUGACGCCGGCGCGUACGAGCCACUGGACAGCCUGUUCAGCGCGGACGCCGUGCAGAGCAACGCCAUGCCGCUGUGGAGCUUCGACGACGGCUGCCUCGUCGAGGACAACCUGUCGUUUUGA